AGAAGCAAAAUCCCGCCCGUUGCGCAGGUUUCCCAGCAUGCCUUUCAUCGGGCCGAGAAGAAGAGGCGUCAUGAUGCAGUCCGCUGGCGGUUAACGUGAUAAAUCUGUUCAUAUUAGUUGAUUAAUCUGCUGGUAUUGGGGAAAGAUUCUGUGCCACCAUCUGCCGGUGAAGGCUGAGCUCCUCAUGGUUCUCCAGAACCGGCCUCCAGGAGAACCCAGUCUGUUGUUGACAGCCAGCUAGCUGAUUGUUGGUUAAGCUGGUCACCAUGGCGACAGACGUGGGCUCGCCGCAGCGGUUCUUCCACAUGCCGCGCUUCCAGCACCAGGCGCCGCGGCAGGUGUUCUACAAGCGGCCCGACUUCGCGCAGCAGCAGGCCAUGCAGCAGCUCACCUUCGACGGGAAGCGCAUGAGGAAGGCCGUCAACCGCAAGACCAUCGACUACAACCCGUCCGUCAUCAGAUACCUGGAGAACCGCCUGUGGCAGCGCGACCACCGGGACUUCAGGGCCAUCCAGCCCGACGCCGGCUGCUACAACGACCUGGUUCCCCCUCUGGGAAUGCUCAACAACCCGAUGAACGCCGUCACCACCAAGUUCGUCCGGACCUCCACCAACAAAGUGAAGUGUCCCGUCUUUGUCAUCAGGUGGACCCCUGAGGGCCGCCGGCUGGUGACCGGGGCCUCCAGUGGAGAGUUCACCCUAUGGAACGGACUCACCUUCAACUUUGAGACCAUCCUACAGGUAAAGCUCCACAGACCCAGGUUCUGGUGGCCCCGAUGGAACCAGGCUAGACUUGCCUUCUGUUGAUCCAAACCUCCUCCGGAACCUUUGGUUAGGCCAAACAGAAAAAAGUUGGCCCCUGUGGCCCGUAGAGCGUUCCCAGCGUUGGGCACAGCGCCUGUUACUGCUGGCUUAUAAAUCCCUGAAUGGACUAAAGAUCUGCUGCUGCUGGAUCAACCUUCCGGACCUCUGAGGUUCAGUUU